UAAAAAUUAGUGUCAUGACAUGUUUAUUAGUGGAAGAUGAUAUGAGUGUCUUUUAUGUUGAGAUAAACUUGAGAUGACAUAGAUAGUUUAUAUUAAGAGGUUAAAAGUUAGUGUCAUGAUAUAGUUAUUAGUGGAAGAUAAUGUAGAUGUCUUAUAGCUUUAUAUCGCAAACUAAGUGAUGCUUCGAUGAGCACAACUGCACAGUAGUUGCUGUCUUGCUAAUACGGACGAUUACCUCCCUCUUACGACGUUGACUCGUAACCAUCCCAGCACACCUCAGCACGAAGCGGACCUCCACGACCAUGGACGACGCAUUCGUGCAGGCCACCGAGCACCGCCCUGUGUCGCCCAUCGCCCAGGCCACCGGCGUCCCCGUCAUCGACCUGUCUGCGCUAGCCGGGUCGACGCCGGGGGCCGUGGACGCGCUGGCGGCCGAGGUGGGCGCGGCGUGCCGGGACUGGGGCUUCUUCGUGGCGGUGGGCCACGGCGUGCCGGAGGCGACGGUGGCGCGGGCGGUGGAGGCCGGGCGGGCGUUCUUCGCGCUGCCGCCGGAGCUCAAGGCGGCCGUGCGGCGCACCGAGCGGGCGCCGCUCGGGUACUACGACGCCGAGCACACCAAGAACGUCCGGGACUGGAAGGAGGUGUUCGACUUCUUCCCGCACGAGCUGCCGUCGGCGGCGCCCGACGACGAGCUGGUGUUCGUGAACAAGUGGCCGGACGACGCCGACCUGCCGGGACUCCGAGCGGCGCUGGAGGAGUACGCGGCGGCGAUGGAGGAGCUGGCCCUGAAGCUACUGGAGCUGAUCGCUCGGAGCCUGCACCUGGCACCCAACCGGCUGCACGGCUUCUUCGGGGACGGUCAGACGACGACGUACCUGCGGAUGAACCGGUACCGUCCGUGCCCACGGCCGGACCUCGCGCUCGGGCUCGGCCGCCACAAGGACAGCGGCGCGCUGACCAUCCUGCGCCAGGACGACGACGUCGGCGGGCUCGACGUCCGGAGGCGGACCGACGGCGCGUGGGUGCGCGUGGAGCCUGUCCGUGGCUCGUUCGUCGUCAACGUCGGCGACGUCGUUCAGCUGCAGGUGUGGAGCAACGACAGGUACGAGAGCGUGGAGCACCGGGCGUCGGUGAACUCGGAGAAGGAGAGGUUCUCCAUCCCCUACUUCUUCAACCCGGCCAUGGCCACCCUGGUGGAGCCGCUGGAGGAGAUGGUGGGCGAGGAGAACCCGUCAAGGUACGACGCGUACAGUUGGGGGGAGUUCUUCAGGAUCAGGAGGAGAAGCAACUUCAGCAAGCUGGAUGUCGACAACAUUCAGAUCGCGCAACUCAGGAAGCACAAAUGAAAUAAAAGCCAAAAACAACUUUGUUCAUUCAUCAGAAAAAAGCCACACCCAGAAUGCCGUGAGGGAAAAAAAAAGCAUAUGCAUUGGCAAUGCCAAUGCACAUUUACUUGACCAAUUGGCAAUACAUCAAAAUAAAGAGUAUGGAAGUUGAAGUUGCCCCUUAAGUUUAAUUCUCAAAGUAGUUUUGUAACAAUAAUGAAACCAUUCAAUAUAUCUUUUUUUUUUUACUCUCA